AUAUGCCGAGGAAAGAACAAGACCUCUGCUACGACAAGCCAUAAGUGACCCCGAUGUAGUGACUCCGCCAACGCCCGACCAAGCCAAUAAUUUUUACUGUAGCCAAGCGCUUUCACCUCCACCAAUACCCGCCGAUGUCUCCCCAGGGUUGAGUCGAUCCUUUUACCAGCAACCCCCUAUAGGUCGACCCCGCCGAGCCUCGUGGCACGCUGACACGGGCACGGAGCCGGGCAUCAGGGAGUUCUUCUCGGUGCGGGUCGGGGCGCUGGAGCAGGCGGUGGAGGAGUGUCGUCUGCUCACCGAUCCAGAGACGGACGGAGGGAUCAAGGGCGCCUGGCUGUUGACUGAAAUUAACCACUGGGACAUCGAGAAAGAACGCGUGGUGAUACUGUGUGACCUCUCUCUCUUAGUUGUCAAGUACGACUUCAUUGCUCUUCGUCAUUUGGAGUUCAAUCGCAUCUACUUAUCAUCGUUAGAAAAUAUUCAAAUUGGGGAAUUAACAUACCCCGAUCACUCACUUGUUCCGAGAAUUAGUGGAAUAGCUGGUGGAGUAGUGACUGUAAUCCGCAGUUGCCUCUUGAGUCGGAUACAGAAUACCAUUGCCACACUGAGUUCGAGAGCCUCAGGGGCAGCCAGUGUUGUGGAGAAGGAGGAACCAAUGCCUGACAGACAGUUCUCACUCUCUACUGUGAGCUUUGAACCAAGAGGAAGAAACAUGCAAGGUUUGCGUGUGACAUGGAACAGUGGCCAUGAAAUAUCGUUUGCUCAGAAGUGGAAUCCUUGGAGUAGGGAUAUACCAUACACCACCUUUACAUCACAUCCUCUCUAUUGGUAUACAGGAUGUGAAAACAGCACCUAUGAUGUCAAAUCCCUUGCCAAGGAACUCAAGAUGACAGUUGAGGAACUUCAGGAUAGACCAGACACUGUGGCCACAUGCACUGUCAACCAGAGCCCAAUCGUCAUUGAAAACUAUGUAGGCAUUGCCUCCCUGCUCCACAACGCUACUGAGCUUGGCUUCUUUAAGCUGCGGGGGAAAGUGAGCUUCUGAGGUGUUGCGGGUAGCAGCGUGAACAUUAUCAUGGCCUUCCCCCCCCCUCCUACCUUGAGUAGUGAUUGAAGAUUGAAGACUUUGAUUGCUAUGGUUUGAUUGAAUGAAGAUCACCCACUGCAGAGGUAGUCAGGAUUAUCUUCUUUUUUCUUUCCUUUGUUCUUUUCCUUCCACUUACGCUUGGACUUCAUCAACCUUUUUUUCUCACUUAGUCUGAGGAACAUUGUUAUCUAUGGACUUUAUACAAUGUUGUUAUACAUGAGGUAUGUGGUGCGUGUUUUGUCAAAUAUUUAUUACUGUGUCUGUUGCUGAGAGUUAGAUAAGUUAUUCCUUUGUCAUGGUUCUCAGUGAAACUUUGGUGGAAUGAGAGAUCAGCAUUCUUUCAGAGUUCUUUCUUUUCUGGAGAAAUAGUAUAUAAUCUUGAACAGGUAUUGAAAGCAUAAGAUGACAGUAUUAUCUAUGAAGAAGUGUAUAAUGAUGUUGCAUUUGACAGCAGUCGGAGUCUUAAAAACUGAAUGACCAGAGUGUGUGAAAAAUUAAUCUUGAUUAUAUUCUGAAAUUUCCUGAAAUUUGUGCAGUGCGGCAGAUAGUGUAUUAGAAGAUUUUAAAGUUUCAGUGUCCAGCAGACACAGGUAGCAGGACAUUGGGGAUACUGGAACAAAUAACAUCAGAUAAUUUAUUUUUCUGAAACAGUGAAAAACUACUGUUUAAAUAAACCUGUAACAGAUAUUUUCAGUUACUGCAUAUAUUUGUCUUCUGAAAAUUCUGAACUUAUUUAUAACUUCCUGGUAUGUAUUACCACCUUCUAGUUCAUGCCAAAUUAUUGAAAUUAUAGUUUCCAAAGAUUACUAUGCUAUUCACACUGUACUUGAAAAUGUAAAGUAGGUUCCAAAUGGUCAUAUUAACAGCUAAAGCCAGUCAUUGAAAACUCACAUUGUAGGGUCCAAAUAAUAUUAAGAUCUUUCAUGUUAAGGCAUCACUUAGGGUCUCCAUAUUCGUUGAUCUCAUAUUGAAUCAAAAUAAUAAAGGUAAUAAUGUUGUAUUUAAAUUGUUGAGUAAUUAAUUUAUGUAUUUAUUUAUAAUUCCCCUAUAUUUCAUUGAAUAAUUAAUGCUGUCAUUCUGACAGGCACCAUGCUAGUCAUAUUCGCAUAUAGUUUAAGUUGAUAUACAAAACUU